AUCACAGAUUUACGUCUUACUCCAUAUUCUAUAAAUUAACGUUAUUACUCAAUUUGAUUAACAUUAUUUUAUGUACAAUUUCACCUUUUUUAAAUCACUCAAUCUCAACUUCAUAUAAUUAAAAAUCUUCUUUUAAAAAAUUGGAUCAAUAUUAUUUUAAUGAUCCAAGUGUCCACUAAAUUAAAAAUAAUAAUAUAAAAAUAACAAGGAUUGUUGGCAUGUUGUCGGCUGUUUUGAUAUUUUUCAGUCCGCUCCAUGUGUUUGCAAAUGUCAAAAUCCGUGCCAGCUACGUAUUAUCCAGGCCUAUAAAAUUAUCGAGCAAUAAUUCAGGCCAAAGUCCCACACCAUAAAUUUUGACGGCUCGAUUAAUGCGGACGCCGGCUUUGCUUAUGGUGCAGCAAUAAAACGAUUGAAGUCGUGUGCAGAAGUGAAAAAUGAUUUCGCCCAUUAAGCCACCUGCCACGUUGUGUCGAGCCGCGGGUUCAGCAUCCAUUCUCCAAGCGGAGAAUCGAGAGCGCGUGUCGGUUGGUGCAUGGAGCGGGCGAGAGGAGUCGUCAUAAUAAUACCGCAUCGACCAAAGACUCACUCGGGCCAGCGGCGCGGCCCAAGAAAGAAGACAUUGCUCGCUCGGCUCACAUGAGAUGCUAAUUAUCAAGAGGGCAGCCACUGUUAACAAAGGCCACGGGUGUCCUGCCGCUAUUGUUAGAUUAAGCUAAAAAAGGGGGAUCGCAAGCAAGGACCAUGCCAUCCCAGAGAGAAAUAACUUUAACAGCCGCUUUUCUGCGAGACCCGCGUGGCAGUGCACAAAUUAAAUCCACGGUGGCUGCCAUCGAGUCGCUCAAACACGGCUCGUGGAACAACAGCCCGUCCACGUUGAACAUGGCAAGCGGCAUCGACGAUUUCAUCAAAGCCUUCACCAACGUCCGGACCACCAAAGAUGGCACUUACCAAGAUUUCCUUAAAGAGGGAAAUUUGAGGUACAAACGAGACGAGUUCUUUGAAGCCGCGACUGCUUACACGCGAUGCGUGGUGCUGUCCCCAUUGAAAGACCCAGGUCGGGCGAAGGCGCUCGCCAGCCGCAGCGCCGUGCUGAUGAACGUCGGCCGCUUCGAGGACAGCAUCCUGGACGCCGACCGUGCCCUCGAGCACGCCUACCCUCAAGAGCUGCGUUUCAGGUUGCACCUUCGGAAGGCCCAGUGUUUCAAAGAACUCGGAAACCUAACGAGAGCCGACGAGGAAAUGAGCAAGACUAGGAAAUUAAUUGAAGAGAGCAAAGCGACGACAGAAGAGCAAAAGAGCGAAAUCUUGGCAAUUGCAGAGAGGACCUUUGCUGGAGGAUGCGACGUCAAAGUCAGAAGGGUCAAAGUCGAGUACAUGAAUCCACCAGAAAUCAGCCACGGAGUCAGUGAAAACUUGCCGUGCCUCUCUUCGGCAGUGGAUAUUUGUAAAAAUGAGAAGUACGGAAGGCACUGGGUGGCCACCAGAGAUUUACAAACAGGCGACGUGUUGUUAAAAGAAGAGCCCGCAGUGGCCGGCCUUAAGAUCGAGGCUAAGUGGACGCACUGUGCGCACUGUUUCAGACCCAGCUUCACCCUCUACCCCUGCCAAACGUGCAACAAGGACCUUUUUUGCAACACCGAGUGCAAAAAUGCGGCUAAAAAUUACCACACCGUGAUUUGCAUCCCGCGAAAGAAAUACGAAGAUGAAUUUCAACGUAAAUUUGACCUUUCUGAAAACAUCUUUUCCAGCUUCACGCGCAUCUUCGACUUUCUCGCCUUCCUCGGACUGGAAAACUGCGCCAAUUACGACAAUCAAUCGCUGCCACAAACGCGACUGAUGACGGAAUUCCUCAACUUGGUGCACCACUCUGUGCCUUAUGAAGAGCACAUCCGCUCGCUCUGCUUUGACAUCAUCCAGUUUUGCUUUGACAUAACUGACAGAGAAAAAUUGCUCAAGCUGUCCGAGUUCUGCUGCCUGGCGCUUUUGAAGCACAACGCCAACAGUUUCAGCGUCGAGGAGUGCUUUCGCUACAGCCGCACCGACGAAUUUGACUUGAAGCAUGUGGCCUACGGCUCGUACCACGUCGCCUCACUGGCCAACCACUCGUGCGACCCGAACGUGGUGUGCGUUUACUAUGGCAAGACCAUGGUCUGCAGGGCUAUCAAGCCAGUUAAAAAAGGACAUCAACUUUUUCUUAGGUACUGCAACUUGUUUUACAACUUGCCGAAAGAAACGCGGCUUGAAAGACUGAGCCAGUACAAAUUUGAUUGCGACUGUGAUCCUUGUACACUGGACUGGCCCAUUGCAAAACUAAUGCCAAAAGAUCCUGCAUUCAGCUUGGAAACGCAAACCUUGUGGGAUUUGGUCAAGAGGGAAAGCGAAACGUCUGGACUGGCAAUGAACUACGAAGACAUCAAGGCUGUGAAAACCUUUGAUUUGGCUAAAAAAUUGCAAGAUAGCUACUUUGAACCCAUUUUGCAAUCUCGCUUGGACAGAGGGUACAAGCUCAUAGAAACCGCGAUUUUUUACCACUGGGCAGUCAACACCAUGACUUAUUCAUUUUAUCCCUUGCUGACUAAUGGCCACACAAAUGGUUUUCAUCACGUUUAGACAUAUUAAAAGACGAAUUAAUUUUUUAAAAGAGUAAAAAAUAAAAACCUCAAACAGAG